AUGGAAUCCGAGAAGCCAGUGCUGGCGUAUCGCUUAUCAGCCAGAGGGGCAUGCAAGAUGCCCAUGACGAUGAUGGGAUGUGACUCUGCUGAUACCUCACAAAUCUCGACAGCCACGCUCCUCUGACUGUCGCCAGCCCCUCCUCCAUUACGCUUUUCCACACAUAUCGCUGCUCGUUACUCCGGCAGCCAUGGCCCCACGCAAGCGAUCACGAAGGGCACCAGGCCUGGAAGACGACGAAGAUAUUACCGACGUUGUUGAGGCCCAGGCAUCAUUAACGAACGAUACACAGCCGAGAAAAAAAGUGCGGUAUUCGGCGGAAGCUUCAGGCAGCAGAGCAGCAGGUGCAGAACAAGACGAUGUCUCAUCGAGCUCUGGGUCCGACAGUGAAAAUGAGAAUGGCGACGAUGACGACGAUAACGACCUCCCCGCGUCCCCUCCCCAGACUCAGUACGAACUGAUGAGAGACAAUGGCUUCCGACAUCUCGAGAACACCGACUGGGACGACCAGCAAGCUACGCAAAAACUGAAGCGCCGCACCACGACGCAAACAUUUGAUAACAUGGUUGCUGAGAGCGGAAUCAUCGAAAGCAUUACAUGUUUCAACUUCAUGUGCCACGAGCGAUUGCAUGUGGAGCUUGGCCCUCUGAUCAACUUCAUCGUUGGAGAGAACGGCAGUGGCAAGAGUGCUGUUUUAACGGCCCUGACCCUGUGUUUUGGAGGCAAGGCUAGUGAUACCAACAGAGGUGGUAGCUUAAAGUCGUUUGUUAAAGAGGGGCGUGAACAUGGAAGUCUUGUUGUCAAGAUCAAGAACGCUGGAUCCGAUGCCUACCAGCCCGAUACAUACGGUUCAUCAAUCACCAUUGAGCGCCACUUUACCAAAUCAGGCGCCAGUGGCUUCAAGAUCAAGAACGAUCAAGGCAAAGUUGUCUCAACCAAGAAGCAGGAAGUUGAGGAAAUAUCCGAAUGGUAUGCCCUGCAGAUAGGGAAUCCUCUCACGGUUCUCUCUCAGGAUAAUGCGAGACAAUUUCUGAAUGCCGCCAGCCCGGCACAGAAGUAUAAGUACUUUGUUUCUGGCGUCCAACUCGAGCAACUGGACAAUGAUUAUAAAAUGUCUCAGGAUACGUUAGAUAAGACUCUUAUUCUCCGCGAUGAUCUUGACGAGAAGAUAGAUGUUGUCAAGAAGGAGAUGGACGAUGCUCAGAGGCUUGCCGAAAUAGCCCAGAAGAAUCAAGGUCUUCGUGAGAAAGCAAGGCACUAUAGGAACCAGCUUGUCUGGUCCCAAGUAGUCGAGCGAGAGAGAGAAUUAGAACAGCGUAACGCUGAUUUGGCCAGGCGAGAUGAACAACUCAUUGCUUUGGAAAGGGACACCGUGAAGAUGUCAGGCAAACUUGAUGAAGCUGACGAGAAGCUAGCUCGUGCUCAAGAAGCCCGAGAAGCUCUCAACAGUGAAGAAGAGACUUUCGAAGAGAAAAUGGUGGCGGCAGAGACCGCAUGGAAUGAUGCCAAGAGAAAACAGACAGAACUGCAGCGUGAAGAGCGAGAUGCUCAUAUGCGACUCAAAACCCUGCGGACAGACAUACAAUCAUGUGAAAACAAGAUCAAAGAGGAAGAAAACCGUUUGGACGGAUCGACCGGCUCAGCGCGGGCCCAGAAAGAUCAAGAGCUUUCCGAGGCACAAGCGCAAGAGAAAAAUAUAAAUGAGCAGAUUGCUGAAGCCAAGGCUAAGACGCCGGCUUUCUAUCAAAAGAUUGAGCAAGCCAAAGAAACGUCUCGCAAUGCAGAUCGUAUUGUGCAAGACAAACGUAAGGAGGUGGUUAUAGCGCAAAAGGGCGUCAAGGAUCUAGAGCAAAGUAGCGGUUCAGCAUUUGAUGGAUACGACCAAGACCUUGUUAAUCUCGCCAAACAAAUUGAGAAGGAUAGCGGUUUUGAAAGCAAACCGCUGGGCCCCCUUGGCACUCACAUCACCCUCCGAAAGCCAGAGUGGUCUGGCCUUCUCGAGAAGACCCUCGGCGAGACUUUGAACGCAUUUGUUGUGAAGAGCAAAAGAGAUCACUCAAGAUUAUCAAAUAUCAUCCAGCGGUUGGGUUUGAGAAGGCAGCCACCCAUCUAUAUUGCUUAUGGGAGCUCAAUUGAUACUAGGGCUCAGGAGCCAGAUGCCCAGUUCGAUACCAUUCUCAGAGUGUUAGAAUUCGACAAUGAUCUCAUUCGGACACAACUUGUCAUCAAUCACCAGAUUGAAAAGAUCAUUCUAAUCAAGGAGCGCUUAGAAGCGGAGCGAGUCAUGAUUGAUAACGAUGGUCCCCCUCGAAACGUGACGGCGUGCCUUUGUUUCCAUGACGGCAAAGGGAAGCGUGGUCAUGGCCUAAGAAUUACUAAUCGAUCUGGAAACAUCGGCGCCGCCCCUGUUACGCCAUCUGGCUUGCGGCCUCGUAUGCGCUCAGACUCGGCCGAGCGAUUGCUUGUGCAAAAGGAGAACCUCAGACAGCUAGGUUUGGAGGUAAAGGAACUCAUGGCCGAGGAACGUCAGGCACGUCAGCGACUAAAAGACUAUGAAUCGGAGCUUGCAUCGCACCAGAGUGCAGUCAAGACACUAGAAAGCGAGUAUCGCCGAAUCCAAGCGGAUAUCCAGAGGAUAUCACUCGACCUGGAUGCUUUUGAGGGCGUUGAUGGACGGCUGGUUGCACUACGGGAAGAACGAGAAGCAAAGCGCACCGAAGAGGAACAACUCGGCCUGCAGUAUGGUAACCUGAGACUUGAAAAGCGAGAUCUGAGCCAAAAAGCAGAACUGGCCAAGGCACGUCUCGACGCGGAAAAAGAUGUGCGUAAGGAUCACCAAAGUCGCGUCGCGAAAGCGGACGAUAAGGUCAAGAAGUACGAGGCAAUGCGGAAAAUUCAGCUCGCUGAAAAGAAUGCCGCCUUUGAGAGGCUAGAUAUUGAGCGAAAUGAAAGAAGACGAGCAGAGGCCAGGCGCGAUCAGAAAGUCGCAGAGGUAGCCGAUUUUAUCCAGCAAGCUCAACAAGCAUCACCAAAUCGUGUUCACAUCCCUGAGGAUGAAACGUAUGAAAGUUUGGAGAUAAAAUACCAGAGGGUUUGUGAACAACUUGCGCAGCGAGAAGCUCGGCAAGGGGCCACAGAUCAGCAAAUUUAUGACCGAGCCAUUGAGGCUAAAACGAGAUAUGAUGAUGUUAUGAAGAAGACGAGGGACGUUGAUGAAACCAUCUCAAGCUUGAAGCAAGCAAUCGAGCACCGACUUCACCUGUGGCGACAGUUCCAGAGGCAGAUUAGCGCUCGAAUACGCAUCCAGUUUAGCUACCUUCUCAGCGAGCGUGGAUUCAGAGGCAAGAUAGAUCUCGAUCACAGGGCUAGACGUGUCAACAUCCAGAUUGAGCCCGACAAGACUCGGAAACACUCUUCAGGACGCAACACCAAGACACUGUCCGGAGGUGAGAAGUCGUUCUCAUCGAUUUGUAUGCUUCUUUCUGUAUGGGAAGCCAUUGGUUCACCGAUUCGAUGCUUGGAUGAGUUUGACGUCUUCAUGGACAAUGUGAAUCGAGCAAUCAGUACAAAUAUGCUGGUGGAUGCCGCUCGUCGAUCAGUGUCUCGACAGUAUAUUUUGAUUACGCCGAAUGCCAUUGAAGGCCGAGCCAAACUUGAUAAAGACGUCAAGAUUAUCCGUCUGACUGAUCCCCGCCAACGAACUCUCAUCUAAAAUCACAUCUACUUUUUGUGAACCAGGCGCCGUACUCGAAGGAAAAUUAGCGAGGAGCAUUAACUAGGAGUUUGCGCAUUGAUGCCAGGACGCCAUUCAUUUGUGGGCGGACCAGAAGAAAAUAUACAUAUAGUAGACAAUGGUAUAUACAUAAAGGCUGAUAAUAGUGUACAUGACGUUUUGCGAUUUUUUUUU